ACACCGCUUGAUACAUACAAAUUUCUAACGUUUAUUUCCAAUGUAUUGUUUUAAGUUUGAAACAUGUGUAUUAUUUGUUAUAAUAAACAAACAGAAAUUUGUAAAUAUUUUAUCUUAAUGCAUACAUAGUUCUGAUAUGUCUUUGGUAAUCCGGAUCCCCUUAUAUUCCGAAUAAGGGUCGGUUUUAAUUGAUCCGGAUUAGCGGGCCUCUACUGUAUUUUAUUCUUCCAUACAUCCAUAAAUACAUGAAAUCACAGCACUGGCUACCAGGCCUUCAGCCGCCUUAUUAAUAGCUUAGGUACUAUAAUUGUGUUAGUUAGUUGUUAGUGUGUUAGAUGUAUUUUAGUAAAUUUCUAUCUUUUAAAAAUUUAUAUGUAAUCAUUACGUUUUUAUCUGAGGGAUUUUUUAAUGCUUGUGCUAAGUCAAUGUUGUCAGAGUAGUGUGUUGUUGAGUGGAUUACUGGGCAGUCUGAUAGUAUGUGUUGAAUUGAUACGGAGUUGUCACAAAAAGGGCAAUUGGAACGGAAGUUUCCCAUAAGUAUAUGCGAGUGAGUUAGGAUGAUGUGUGCGAUCCUGAGGCGAGUGUAUACUUUGAUGGCGCUUAUUUUCGUGGUGUGCCCAUACAAGGUUGGUAUUCUAUCUGGGUUGAUGAUGGCGUAACUAUGGGUGUGUAGUUUCCAAGCAUUUAAGUUUUCUUCGAGCCUUUUGUGUUUGAAGAAGUUGCGUAUGUCUUGUUUCGAAAGAUAGUUGUAAGAAAGAGCCGGUAUGUUUUUGACACUUUUGGCAGCGGCGUCAGCGAGGUGAUUGCCAGUUAUUCCCACGUGGCCCGGAAUCCACAUUAUUUUGAUUUUUCUCGGAGCGCUGAUCACGGCGUCUCUGAUUUUGCUUAUUAUCGGAUUGUAAUUUGAUAACGACUUAAUGGCUGAGAUGCAAGACUUGCUGUCUGUGCAAAUAAGGUAUUUACCAUUGUGCUUUUUUGCAUGCUCGACCGCCUUCAAUAUGGCAGAUGCCUCUGCUGAGAAAACCGAACACAUAUGAGGAAGAAGCCAGUUGCAGAUUGUAUUACCUGUGUUCGUGACCACGGAAAAGGAAGUGUAUUCGGAUGAUUUAGAUCCGUCUGUGAAGAUCAAACUUCCAGCCAUUUUUUUUGUAUUCAUGCUCCAUUUCAAAAAACGUUUUUUUGAAAACAUCGUUUGGUGUGCUCUGUUUGGGCAGCUUGGAUAGUUUGUUGGGGAGUGAUUCACACGGGAUUAGCCAAUGAGGAUGAAGGGGUUUUACUUUAUUCCCCACAGACAGUCGAAGAGCAUUUUUUUUGCAUAGAUAACGCAUUUUGUUAUUGCUGAAAGAAAUCUUGGUAGCCUGGUACGCCUCAGCGAAGUACCAAAGGCCUUGGUCAGCGAUGAGUUUGUGCUUUCAACCGCUUUUGAUAGCAGUCGGUGGGUUGCGUCUUCAAUCCUAUUUUGUACACUUGGUAGACCUGACUCCGCAAGAAUGAUUUCAAUUGGUGAUGUUGGAAAAGCUCUGAGGCUACGGCGUAUCGCGCAGUGGUAUGGGGCACAUAUACGCUUGAUGUUGUUCUUCGAACUUCGUCCGUAAAGCGGAAGCGCAUAGUCGAUCUUUGAAAGAAGAAGUGAUCUGACAACACUGAUGAGCGUAUUUGGAUGUAUUAACGAGUAUUUUGACGAAAGAUAUUUUACAAUGUUUAAUCUUGAUUGCAAAGAGUUUCUAAUGUAUUUACAAUGCGAAUUAAAAUUAUACUUAUGUCGGUAUUCUGCGUGAGACGAUUGUCUCAUGUCUCUAAUAGUGACUAUAGUAAUUUAGUGAUUCUGUUAGUCAGGAGUCUCAUUUUGGUAUUCUGGCAAUUACAGUAUAGUAGUAUACUCUAUUUGCCAGAAUACCAAAAUUGGUAUUUUAUUGUAAAGUGACUAACAGAAUCACUAAAUUACUAUAGUCACUAUUAGAGACAUGAGACAAUCGUCUCACGCAGAAUACCGAUAUUAGAGUCAAAAACUAAUCCUAGAAUUUUUAAUUCUUUUGUACAUUCUAUGUUAGUGUUGUUAAAGCAAAUUUUUAUUCCGCUGCAAUUUGUUUUUCUGCAUAUAUGGAGGAUAUGCGUUUUUUCUAGUGAUAGCUAUGCACCGGAAACUAGCGACCAUUCAGAGAUUUCAUUAAGGAUAUUGGAAAAUGUAUAUUCGGAUGCGUUGAGGUCGGAACGAUUGGUGUAAAUAACGACAUCGUCUGCAUACAUUUGGUGCUCGAUUCCUUUGUGCGUGUUUAUUAUUCGACUUAUCUCAUCAAAGGCAGUGAUGAAGAGGAAUGUUGAAAGUGGCGAACCAUGCGGCGUGCUGUUUGAGAGUGGAAGUGUGGAGGAGAAGAAUCCAUUAACAUUUACUUUCAAUUUACGGUUAGUGAGAAAGCUUUUAACGAAAUUCAAAAUUUUCGGACCGAUCUUCCAGUUUUUUAAUUGCCGCAGCACAAUGUGGGCGCCAAUUUUAUCAAGGCUUUGUUGAAAUCUAAGGAAAAUAUAGAUAAAUGAUUCCUACUGGACAGAGCGUUGCAGAUGGAGUGGUCGAGGUGGAGUAAUACAUCUAACGUGCCUUGGCUUCUUUUAUAACCGACUUGAUUAGGUGUCAUCAACUCAUUCCGCUGGGCGUACCACGACAGCCGAUUCGCAAUUAUUUUUUCGAAAAGUUUGCCUAAGCAUGGUAGGAGAGAGAUUGGUCUCUAGCUGUUGAUAUCUGUUGAUUCUUUAUUGGGUUUAAGAAUAGGGAUUACGGCCGAUGUCUUACAAAAUUGGGGAUAAAUACCGGUGUCCAGUAUUUUAUUGUAAAGUUUGACGAUUCGUUGCUUGAGCUCAAUUGGCAUGUUUUUGAUCAUAGGGUAAGAUAUUUUAUCUAAACCGGGGGUUUUGCCGCUUACUCCGGAUAUAGCAUACUCAAACUCAUCUAAUUGAACACUGGAAUCGAUUUGUUUAGCUGAGGGUAACAUAUGUAGAUGGAGACAUAGAGGCGUUUUCUGAAAGUGUGGAUGAUUUGAGGGCUUGAAACUGAGUGCUGAAAUUUUUGUCAGAACUGUUGUUGGAAAAAUGGUUGACAAAUUCUUCUGCGAUAUCUAUUGGGUUGUUUAAGUGACCUGAAGGCAAAUUUAAGCACCUGAUUGCUGACGUAGUGGGCAAACCAGCUAACUUUUUGAAGUCAGCCCAGAUUUGUCUCGGAUUGGAAGAAGGAUUGAUUUUGAGCGUAAAAUCUUCGAGACAUUUGCGCUUGGCUUGUUUGACGGAUCGACGAAAGUAGGCGUUGGCUUUUUUGAAGCAAAUGAGUUUUUCUAGUGUGCGGCAUCGUUUGUAGUCAUACCACGCAGUUUGCUUUUUUUGCUCUUAAAAAAGCUAAUUGUUUAUUCCACCAAAGGAUAUUUUUAGAAAUUUUUGAAUGAUUAGUUUGUGGAAUGGAAUCGUUUGCUGCUGAGCGAAUAAUUUUCGUUAUUCGAGCGGUUUCUUGGUUGGAAUUUACUGCUGUUGGGCUCUUAUCACAUUUAGCUCUGCAGAGAGUUUGGAAUUUCACCCAGUCAGCGUGAUCGGUUUUGAAAAUAUUUUUUGGUUUAUAGCAUUUGUUUAUUGGUCCCAAGUGUACUUUUAGUAUUAUGGGGAAGUGGUCACUUCCAUGUAAGUAGUCUAGUAUGUUCCAUUGGCGGCGAGCGUAUCUGUACACAAAGUAAUGUCAAGAUGAGAAAAAGUGGAGAAAGUAGAAAAAUGGGUGGCUGAGCCAUUGUUUAAGGAGAUUAAGUUUGAGGAAAGGAUUACGUUUUCUAUAUGUUUUCCUCUGAAGUUUACUGUCAUUGAACCCCAUAUCGGGCUCCAUGCAUUCAAGUCACCGGCCAAGAUCAUUGGGGAAGGAAAUUGACUGGUUAUUUGCAUGAUAUCGUUUUUGGUGAAGUGUUGGUCAGGUGGAAUAUAUUAGCAUAUUACGUGAAUUCUUUGUGUUAGAAAUAUUUCAAUCGAUAGCACAGCCAAAUAUGACUGGAUAUCUUUCACUUUGUGGGGAAUGUCCCUUCUUAGUAAAACACCAAUGCCUUGUUUAUUUGUUUUGUUAUGUGGAAGGUUGUGGAAUAUACCAACGUAUUGUUUGGGGGUAUGAGCAGUCUGUUUGUAAGCGAUAUGUGUUUCGUUUAAGAGUAUUAUCGAUGUUGCGUAAUCUUUAAUUAAGAGCUGGAGUUCGUUGUAAUUGUUAAUGUAGCCAUUUAGGUUCCAUUGCAUUAUCGUACACAUGUUAAGAGAGUACUUUAUUAAGCGCUUAGAUUAAAGAUAACUAGAAACAGAGAUAAAGAGAUGUCCAACUCUUCUCUCACUGGAAGUGAGAGAACAAUUGCUAAACGUCAAAACCACCUAAACUUUGACAUUUGACUGGAUUGAGGAGGUUUUGACGUUUAGCAAUUGGAAACGACCGAUGGCCAGAUUGAAAUCUUACCAAAAAAAUAUGAAAACGGAGGGAUUUGUUGCAUCGUUCAAGACCACUGAUAAAAAAUGUUAAGUAAUGAAAAUUAAAUAAAUUUAAGAAAUUGAAAGGUAUUUGAUGAAACGUUUUGUUAUGUGAUGCAUCAUAGUAUUAUUUUCAAUGGAAAUUUAUUAAAACUAUUUAUUGAUUAAGAGCUAAAAAGCUUAAAUCCUUUUAUUGGGUAAUGAAAGUUCAAAAGUCAAUUGUUUAAAUAUACUUUAAAAAGAUUUAAAUAGUUUCUUCAUAUAAUAAAUAACCACUAUAUAGUAGUUUUUAUUCGUACUAAAUGUUGGGUGUUUUAAUUUAAAAUGCCCAAAAAUUUUUAUUUUGUUCGAUCUGGCCAUAAUGGAAAAUGUUAUAAAAAACGCUUAUUUUGAGGCGCUCUCACACUGGAAUAAGUUGGGCAUCCCAUUAUCCCUGACUAGAAAGAUUGAAGAAGGGAGAAGAUGAGAAAUCUUAAGAGAGAAUGAGAUAUCAACUAGAAUGAGUUGUCAGCUUGGCUGAUAGAGGCCUUACACGGGCACACAUGUGCGUUCGAUCUGUGUGAAUUCGUUUGCCUAUACACGACACACAAAUCCAUUUUGCGUUCGUUCUUCACACAGUUAACAUGUGCGACAGGCAAGCGGAACAUUUCUUCGAAUUUAUUUCUAAUGUAGCACUUUUAUCUAUUUCUUUGUAUUUCGUUAAUAAGUCAUUCCAACUUUUAUUUUUCUCAAUUUUAUUUUUAUAUUUAUCACUUUUCGUUUGCCAAAUUGCCAAUUAAUUUUUCAUAAGAUCAAUAAAUUCUGAUACGAAAUCUUUAUUAAGGGGAGAGCCUGCUUUAAAAGCUUCAAACAAUCACUUGAAUCUCUUUAAAAAUUAUCUAACAACAAACAAAGUUAUAGAUUGGAACUCGAAAUACUGUCGAAGCUAGAAGGGAAAUAGUGUCCGAGCGUCAGACAGAUACAUACAAGUACUAUAUGAGCGCUUGGACAAAAAGCGAAAACUUUGAAGCGCGAUUUCUCGGUUUUUUAUUUUUACGAUUAUUCUUAAUUGGUAGGCAAAGUUGGAAUUGGGGCAAAGUUUAUUAUCUUUGGCAUAAAAUUAUUUUCUAUUUAAACUAAAAAAAAACUAAGAAAAGCCAAGUUUGAACAUAUGUAUUUUUAAACAAAAAAAAGUAAAAAGUUUUUUUGGAAUUUUCUUAGUUUAACUAGAAGAUAAGUUAUUAAACAACAUGAAACCGUUUGAAUUUUUUGUUCCUGAUAAAUGCAUAUGCGAGAUGCAUCGGGUAAUUGCUUCCUAAAGGCAGAAUAUCAAAGAUUUCGUAUUCAAAAAAAUUGUGUAAGAUGUUCAAAUAUAUGACUAUAAUGAGAUUUUGUGCGCUCAAAACGCCAUACACGAUAAACAUGUUCGCGCACCGAUCGUAAAAAAUCAAACAUUUUCGCGAACAUGGAUCGGUACGCGAACAAGCCCAUACACGAGUAAACUGCAUGUUUACAUAUACCGAUCGAACGCACAUGUGUUCCCGUGUAUGGCCUCUAUGAGUGUCAACUGUUGAAAGCUCACUCAAAUGAUUAUUGAGAAUCUUUGCUGUAUUCAACUUCGUUAUUUUCUGUGUUAUUUUGUUCUUUGUGUUUGGAAUGUUGGUGUAUUGUGGGUGUAUCAGAAUCAUGCAUAUAGCUAUUAUGGAAUGCCAUUGAGUUAGGUGGAUUAUUGUUGGCGGUUGAAUAUUUAUUGAUGGAAUUUAUACCGGUAUUCUGCUUGUAAUUUAGUGACUCUGUUAGUCAGGAUGUCUCAUUUUGGUAUUCUGGCAGAUACAGUCUCAAAAAUAUUCACCAAAUAGUAUGGAGAAAAGAAGGGCAGCAAUCAGCUGUUUAGUUUAGCUGAUUAGAGAUGAGUGCAAGUGCACAAUCGUAAUGUAUGAAACGAUUCCAUGCAAUUAGUUUUUUUUUCAUAAGAUUUCAGCAGUAAAACUUCUUCUUAAUAAUUGCACAGUAUAAUUAUUGAAAACUAAUACUGAAAUAGUUUAUAAUAAAUGCUUAACAUAUGCAUUUUAUCAGAACCAAUUGUUAAGUAAAUAUGAAAAAAUUUAACGACACAGUUAUCGAUUAACACAUGUGUUCAUCCUUAUAUUUGAUAAUAAUGGAAAAGGAAGAUCAUCAUAAAGUGUUGCGCACCUCGAAGGAGCAAAUAGAGUGCUAUCUUAACUUUGUGCGGGUUCACCCGGAGAUAAAGUUACACAAAAAUGACCCUUCGCGGCCGAAAAGAAUGGAGGAGCUUUGGGUGGAACUCUCCGUGCAAUUAAAUGUCCUAAAAGGGCCCACCCGGGGCCCCAUCAAAUGGAGAGAGAAUCUGAGCCAUUGGAAAAUCCGAAUAAGGUCACGCGCAAGCUCAACAAUUGAGCUCUCUGAAACGGAGCAGAGAUCGUUGGAUACGUUGGGGUCAAUCGCGGUUGAUGGGUUGACUGAUGUACCAGCCAUUGGCACAGAGGAAGAAGUAAUAUUCACAGCUGCACCAUCGCCCCUGAAUACGUCUUCGGAUGCGUCCAAUGACUGCACUCCGUCAUCGUCCCGCAGCAAAAAAAUGACGACGGACGAAAUGUUCCGCAAUUAUAUGGAUCUAAUAAAAGGGGAAGCCGAGGAGGAAAGAGAAUUCCGUAUUAAACAAUUGAUUCAAUCAAUAAACACACAGAGUCUAUCAAUAAUUUAGCGGCAGCGAUGGUGUCGCUUGCUCAGACCAUUGUGAAAAAAACAGAAGAGAAAAAGUGAAAAAUGUGUACAUAUAUGAAUUAUUUAUUGUUAUGUUUUUUUGUACAAAAAGUGAAAAAGAAAAAUGUUCCUUUUUAUGUAUGUUCCUUUUAUAUGUAUAUAUACAUAUAUAUAUUUUAUUGUUAUGUUUAUUUAAUUUAAAAAUGAAAUAAAUUAAUUUUGAAUUGAA